AUGCCGAACUAUGCAAAAUCACUUAAAGAUAUUUUAAGCGGUAGGAGGACUUGUGAUGUUGUGGAGACGGUGAACUUGACCAAGAAUUGUAGUGCAACCAUAAUGAACAAAAUGGAACCUAAGCUAAAUGAUCCUGAAAACUUUUUCAUCCCUGUUAAUGCCUUAUGUUACCUUGGAGCUCGUGUUAGCCUUAUGCCAUAUUCGGUGUACCAAAGGCUUAAACUAGGGGAACUCUUGCCUACCGACAUUACUUUACAAUUAGCCAAUAGGUCAAUCAAGUUUCCAAAGGAUCAGGUAGAUGAUGUCCCUUUGAGGGUUGGCAAAUUUGUUAUUCUGAUGGAUUUUGUGGUACUUGAGAUGGAUGAAGAUGCUAGCAUUCCUAUCAUUCUAGGUAGACCCUUUCUUGCUACCUCGGGUGCUAUAAUCGAUGUCAACAGUGAUAAAAUUUCACUUAAGGUAGGAGAUGAGGUGAUUGAAUUUGACUUGAAUGAUAGCAUGAAGUAUCCAAGUUCUUCCUUGGAGAAUGUAUGA